AUGUUCCACAGGGCGCGCCUUAGCGUGAAGCCGAAUGUCAGGCCCGGUGGUGGUGCCCGGAGCUCCGCUGCCGCCAAGCCACAGUGUGGGCAGGAGGCUGCCAGGCCACCAGAACCUGCCGCAGAGCCCGCUCCGAAGCCAGCGAAGCCCACAGAUGUGCCCGCGGCGGAUUUCGGGGGAGCGGAACCCCAGGAAAAGACUCCCACGAGCAGUGAUGAAAAGAUUGGUGGUGAAAAUAAUGUUGAAGAAUCCUGUACAUCAUCCUCUUCUGUUUCCCAGAGGAGACAGCAACUAUCAAGUACUUCUAGUCCUGCUAAACCUACUGUCAGUGCUCCUUCACCGUCUCCUCCCUUAUCUACAGCUAAUCAAGAUGUUUCACAGCCAAGCCCCAUUCCAACAAAAGAGAAACCACCAUGCUCAGACAGAUACCGAAUAUACAAAGCCCAGAAACUACGGGAAAUGUUAAAAGAAGAAUUGAGAAAAGAGAAGAAACAGUGGAAAAUCACAUAUGCCAUAAAUGAAAACCAGGUGCCACCAGAUCGUUCAAAAAUGACUAUGACAGACUUCAUAUAUUAUCUACCAGAUAACAAUCCAAUGUCUUCUUCACUGGAACAAGAAAAUGAAAAAUCAUUGACUCCAGUCCAGACAAGAGGCACACAAGACAGCCAGAGUGCUCUUGAUGCUGAAGACAAUGACGCAGCGGGGGAGACAGAUGAUAGCCCAUUGCUGGUGCCGAGAGUGAAAGUGGCAGAAGACGGUUCUAUUAUUUUGGAUGAAGAAAGUUUAACUGUGGAAGUUUUAAGGACAAAAGGCCCUUGUGUUGUUGAGGAAAAUGACCCUAUAUUUGAGUGUGGUUCUACAACUACAUAUUCCAGCUUUAGGAAAAACUAUUACUCUAAACCAUGGUCAAAUAAAGAAACAGAUAUGUUCUUUCUAGCCAUCAGCAUGGUAGGAACUGAUUUUUCUAUGAUUGGACAACUUUUUCCUCAUAGAGCAAGGAUAGAGAUUAAGAAUAAAUUUAAACGUGAAGAGAAAACAAAUGGGUGGAGAAUAGACAAAGCAUUCCAGGAGAAACGCCCUUUUGACUUCGAUUUUUUUGCUCAUUUGCUCCGGAAAGUUCUCGCAGAAGAAGAGAAAAGAAAACAAAAAUCGACUAAAAAUCAGAGUGCAAAGAAAAAAUCUUCCAAACCUCGGAAAAAUGUAAAAGGUAGUAAGUUUACAAAGAAGUGUGUGGUGGAAGCAUGUGAUCUUCCUCAGUGGUGGUAG